AUGGCAUCCCUGCUCACGAACCACCCAGAAAAAAAGAAGUCUGAACUUGUUGGACAAUCAACAUUCAGUGAGAGUGGAAAUUCUCUUGUAUUAUAUGUUGCUAUUCGUAAUAAAAAAUUUCGAAAUGUUACAAAUUGUUAUAUUACAAAUUUAGCUAUUACAGAUCUUUUGUUUUUAUUAUUAUCUAUUCCAUUAACAACAUAUUUAGGAUUUCGAGAUACAUGGCCGUUUGGACAAUUUUUAUGUAAAAUAUAUAUCUAUUUAGCACAUGUGAUUUUACAAGCAACAUGUUUUACUUUGGCCGUAAUGAGUAUCGAUCGUUAUUUAUAUAUUGUUCAGGUGAAAGCAAAAUUAAAAUGGCGAACAGUUAGAAACGCUUUUAUUAUCUGUCUUCUUAUUUGGACAGCAUCAUUAUUAUUUAUUAUUCCCUUCGAUAAACUGGCCCGAGCAUCAGUUCAAAGAACUUCAAAACAUUGUGGUGUCGAUUCAGAACAAUCAGUUAUUAGUUGUCUUAUUACUUUAUGUUCUUAUUAUGCCAUACCAUUAGCGAUUAUAAUUAUUUGCUAUUCGAAACUUUUAUUGUAUGUGAUUGAAAAUUCAAAAUCGAUGGCCGAAACUCAAACGGCUGCCUUUCGUCAAGUAGUUCGUACAAAACAAAAACGUGUAACAAGAAUGGUUGUUGUUGUAACACUAGCAUUUGCCAUUUGUUGGCUUCCAAUACAGACACUAGAAUUACUCAAAUGUACAAGAUCACCCUUACUAUUAGUAUUUAUCCAUUAUCCAAAAUUAUUAAAUCGAAUUCGAAUUAUUUCUCAUGCAUUAGCCUAUUUUAACUCAUGUUUAAAUCCAUGUUUAUACGCUUUAUUGAAUCGAAAUUUUUGUGCAGAUGUCGUUCGUUUGAUACCAACAUCAUGUCAAUGUACAAAGUCAGUAUCAACAACUUCAUGGAAACAACAUAAACUGAGAAAUGUUAUUUUAAGUCCUGGACAUGAACAACAUGAAAGUUCAAAAAAUGACAAUGAAACUAUUGGUGAAGAAUUGAUAAAUUUAAAAGAUUUACCUAGUGCUAGUUGUCAUAUAGAACAACCGAAUGAUACAGAGCGUGAUGUUGAUGUUAAUAAUUAUUUAUUAAAUAAGAUAAAAUUGUCGAAUAAUAAUUAG